CGCCUUUACGUCCUCACUUAAUCUCCCUCUCCCUCCUUCCAGGUUACGACGGCCCCCUCCAGUACGCUAUGACGGACGGCGCCUCCCCGGACGCGCCGAUGACGACUGUCCAGGUCCUCCCCGCGAUGGGCCAGACCUCAGACUUCACCGAUGACGAGGACGACAAUCCGGCCUCUGAGACGGAGCGGAAGCUGGCGGGUCUACAGCUGAAGAGUUACGUGGACGGGGACGAGGAGGACCAAGAGUCGACCCCGAUCAUUCCGUCCACGUCCCCGGUCUCCCCCGAAGAGCCGCCCCAUGCCGUGGUGCUGCCCCAGGCCCACGCCUUCACCACGCAGCAGCACCACCACCAGCACCAGCAGCACUUUCUACAGCAGCAGGACCAGCAAAGCAUCAGGCCCAGCAGUGCGGACUCACAGGGGUCUGGUGAUGCACCGAGCUCCCUGGGCAAUGGGGCGGCGGUGGAACAGUUUGUAAUAGAGCCAGCUAAGGAGGGAACGCUGGUGAAGUGUCGCAUCUCCAGGGACAGAAAGGGCAUGGACCGGGGCCUCUUCCCCACCUACUUUCUGCAUGUGGAGCGAGACGAUGGAAAAAAGAUGUUCCUCCUUGCUGGACGAAAACGCAAGAAGUCAGCAACCUCAAAUUAUCUGAUCUCUGCUGACCCAACUGACUUGUCCCGAGGUGGUGAGUCUUUCUGUGGGAAGUUGAGGUCAAAUCUCCUGGGGACGCAGUUCACCAUAUAUGAUGGAGGGGAAGGUCGUAAGAAGACACUGUCCUCAUCCACCACUGACAAGCAAAGCUCCAGACAAGAGUUGUGUGCUGUGAUCUAUGAGACCAACGUGCUGGGGUUCAAAGGUCCUCGCAAGAUGACAGUCAUCUUGCCAGGCAUGACGGCUGACCACCAACGGGUUGAGUUCAAGUCGAGUGCCGACUCUGAGAGUCUUAUAGAACGAUGGAAGAACAAGAAUAUGGACCAAUUGAUAGAGCUUUGCAACAAGACGCCUGUGUGGAAUGAGGACACGCAGAGCUACGUCCUCAACUUUCACGGCCGGGUCACACAAGCGUCUGUCAAGAAUUUUCAGAUUGUUCAUGAAAGUGACACCGAGUACAUCAUUAUGCAGUUUGGCCGUGUGGCGGAGGACGUGUUCACCAUGGACUACCGUUACCCCAUGUGUGCUCUCCAGGCCUUUGGGAUUGCCCUCUCCUCCUUUGACUCCAAACUUGCAUGCGAAUAGUGCUGUGAGUGUAGCUAAUGUGUGUGUGUGUGUGUGUGUGUGUGUGUGUCUUUCUGUCUUGGGAGGAGAUAGCUACACUAUGUAGAGUCCUAUCUAGUUGCAAAGAAAGGGAAUGGAGGCCAGUUGAGAAAAGAGCUAUGGUUUUGAGAAAAGAAGACAUAUUUAGGAUAAGGAACAUGAGUGGGUUGUAUUUGACAGAGUUGUUAGUAAAUGUGUGUCUUUCUGUGCAGUGGAGAUGGCUUUAGCUUUCUGAUUAGGCAGAAUUAAAGAGACUUAAAAGAUGAAGGGGAACCUGACAAAGGCAAAGAAAGAUGAGAAAAUAUAAUGAAAAAAGAUUGGUUUCUACUCUUUUUUUGGGUUUUGAGUUUUAUAUUGAUGGUAAAAAUGAUAGAAACCUCGUAGAUAAUUUACAGUGGGGCCUUGCAACUAGCAUUUUUCUAACUAGCGAUAUCAAGUCUAGCGAUAGGAUAGAAACAGUCCCGAGUUUCAUCACUAACGAUCAAAGCCUCGGACCUAGCGAAAAUAUUUCCAUUGGUUGGGAGUAAUGAGUGGGCAAGUUGCUUCAAGAUGGCGCAAGGAGACAUUAUGUGGGGAGCUGUGCAUGAAAGGUGGGGACCUGCUCUCUGAGUUCCAUUGAUUCGCUGGUUAUGCAACAUGGGGGUGGCAGCAGGGCGCACUCUGAGUAAGUUGAUGCAUUCCGAACUUCUUUAUUCAAUAGAAAGCACAUUCAAAGUACUUAAUGGGGAGUUUUGUUCCCAUUGCCUAUUAGUAGUUAUGUUUAUAUAUGAAUAUAAAUUUAGUAAUUAAAACUAGGUGAAAUAGAGCAAAAAAAUUGACUUCUGAAAAGUUACAGUCUGUUUUUAAUUUUUACUAUUUAGAGUUUACUCUUAAACUAGCAGUUUCAGAACUAGUGAUGUUUUUAGUCUUUUCCUAUCACUAGAUACAGGGCCCCACUGUAAUUUGAAAUGACUGAAAAAGAAGGCAUUCUGAGAAGUUGAAGAGAAAAAUACACACCUAGAUGAGAUGUUGUGGGCUGAGAGGUGUCAAAAAUGAAUGUUCCAGGAUCAGAAGUUAGAUCUUUUCUUCACCUGUAACUCUUCAUGCCUUGUCCUGGAUCCUCAAAAACAGAUGAUAUGGUUCUUGUAUGUUUGUAUUUACUCUUAAGGAGCUUUGUGCCAUUUUUGUGGAGUUGGGAAUGUUUUGUUAGUGCUCUACUAGAACAAAGAUGGUGCACUGUUCUGUCUAUAGACUGAAAAUGUCAAUCAGUCUGUCUGUCUGUUUGCCUGUAUGUCUGUCUGCCAGGAUGUCUCACUCACCUGCUAAUUAACACAAGGUGAAACACUAUUAAUAUAUGCCCCUGGUACUACCUGAGUCAUGAGGUGUGUGUAUAUGUUUGCAUUAAGUGUUUCCUUUGGUAAUGUCACUGCUUUGAUUUGUUAACAUUCCAUGACAGGAAGUUUAUCACUCUUGGCAGCCCUUGCCACAUGUACUUCAAGUUUUUAGAUGUGUUCUUUUUUCGUUUUUAGUCCUCCAGUUGUACAAAAGACGAAUAGACAGCGAACUGAGGAACACUUGUCCACUUUCUCGUUUUUGUUGAGAUCAGACUGACACAAAAAAUAUACUUAUGGAUGGAAGAGGAGAAAAUGUACAGUGAUUUCUCAUAUUCUUUAUACUACUUAAAUAAUACAAUGUGACAUCAAUUUAAAAACAUUAAGGGUAUUCUGUUUUUAAUAUUUUACUUUUAAUACAAUUUAAUGAAUUGUAAAUAUGCUGUGUCUUAA